CCUCGCAAGUGGGACCCCGAAACCGACUCGUUGAAAAAAAAAGUUAAUGAGAACGGCAUGGAAGGGUUUCGGUCUUACUUUCAGCGGUUAGUGGUCGGCAAUGCCGGCCAAAUCUUUCCGACCCAAAAAUGGCAGGGCGUCAACUCGUCCACCUACCAUCAGCUCGUCGCAGAGGUGAAGAAGCUAUCACAAGACUUUGAGCAGUCCAGGAGAAUUGCCGAGGCGAUUGAGACAGGCACAGAAGACCUCUUCCGCGACUUUGAUCUUUCCACCUUCAUGGAACAUUUCAAGCUCGAUGCUUUUGAAAAGACUGUUCUAGCGCUUGCCUUCAAGCUUGGGAGCAAGCCCGACCUCAAGACCAAGGCCGACGCCAUCUUAUCAACAAACUUCCCCAUGUUUGGCAACAUUCUCAGCAAAUCGUCCGGCACGCAUACGAUGCUUGGACCUGAUUUUAUCGCUGGGUUGCUCGAUCGCUUCAUUCAAGUCCACCCGCCCAAUUUCAACGCGGCAGCAAAGAAGGAGUUGGAGCAUAAUGUGCAGUCUCGAUACAUCCAAGGAAAUCCCGAUUCGAACCCGCUGCCUCCCUCUCAAGUGCUGUCCGCACUUGAUCUAAUGCGACUAUUGGCAGACCGACCCCCGAAUGCCUUGACUCUCUACAUCCACAAGACCGGGCGAGACUUCACCGAGAUUGAAGAGACUUGCUAUAACUACCUCCGGAAUCGUCCGGCGAACUGCCAGUUGAGUGAGGAGCAGGUAUCCCACGCGCUCAUGUAUACGACCAUCAGCCAAACCCCUCCGCAUAACCCUUCGGUUCUUGUCACGGCUUUCAGGCGUGUUCUGCCAGGUACCUUCAGAUGGCAGGAUGUGGUCUCGUACUUUGAUCACAGCGGUGCCCGAAUCACUGCGCCCCAAUUUCUUCGUCUCUACAAUGCUCUGCUGCCGAUAGCGCAAGACGACAGCCAGGGUUUUGAUAUUCAGCGGCUAUGGGGUGGCGAGUGGGAAAACCCAGAGACUCAAAUGUCCUUUGUCUGCGCAUACACCUCACUGCUGCCUGAACAGCUGGACGCCACCACCAUCCCGGGCCUGAAGCCGACCUUCACCUUGGACGAUUAUGCACAAGCACCCCAGAUGAUCCGGGAAACGGCCGCAUAUGCAGUCAGGCAUCCCUUGGUAUCCGAAGCGGCCAUGUCUGCCAUCUUCAACGUCGCCCUCCACUCUACACACGCCUCCAAGUGUACCGAAGCCAAGCGUCUUUUCCAGGAUGUCGUCGUUCCCCAAGUGGCCAUCUUUGUGGUCUCGGCCUUCAGGGUGCCCAAGCCUUGGCCCAAGCUAGCUGAGGACGCCCUGGUUGACUUGUUCAUAGAGUCGUUAUGGGCAGCCAAAUCACCCGAGACCGAUUUUGUGAUGAAUAGCCUGUGGAGGUGGGACAAAGAUUGGGUCAAAAUGAGGUUGAUAGAUGCCCACGCGCACAGGCCGAUAUGUCUGCCACAAAUAUUCGAGCAUUCCAUACGGCAAGGCUGGCUUGAGGAGCUUGUCUAUUUAAUCAAUGGCUUUGGGUUCGAUCUCACUGCUCUAGCCCACGCCGAGGGCUACCUCGACUUGCAGGAGUGGGCACAGAAGAACGCAGAACGGAGUACCGAGAUGGCCUCGGCCCUUCUUCAGUUCCUGAUGAUCAAGGCGAAUCUCGAACUGCAGUAUCAGCGUUCUGGGCCCGGUGCCCCUAAGCAGAGCACCACCCUGCAGGUUCGGACAGUGUCUGCCAUGCUUCAGAUCCUGGAGGAGUUUCUGCCCAAGUCGCCGAUCCCGGAGCUUAUUGUGGUCCAACGGCAAUGUAUCACGGCGUACCCGAGGCUUAUCAAUUACGGCGAAGGGUUCGAUGACAUUAUUGACGCCAACGGUCGUGAUGGAAAUUCCUUACCCCAGGCUGCUAAUGUUAGAAUGGAGGAGCACUACAAGAAAAUGUACAGCGACGAAGUCGCGGUGCGAACCAUCGUUGAGGUUCUCGACCAGUACAAGCACUCGCGAGAUCCUCUCGAACAAGACACCUUUGCUUGCAUGAUUCACGGCCUAUUCGAUGAAUACGCGCAUUAUGAGAAUUACCCUCUGGAGGCGCUCGCCACCACGGCUGUGCUCUUCGGCGGCAUCAUCUCUCACAAGCUCGUUUCGGAGUUGCCCCUCAAGAUCGGACUUGGCAUGAUCCUCGAGGCUGUCCGGGACCAUCAACCCCAGGAGCCCAUGUACAAGUUUGGCUUGCAAGCUCUUCUUCAACUCCUACCUCGCUUACGCGAAUGGCCAGGGUUUUGCACGCAGCUAUUGCUCAUCCCGGGUCUUCAGAAUACGGAGGCCAGCAAGAAGGCCGAGGAUGUUCUUCGUGAGCACGAGGAGGAGACGAUGCGCGCCCGCGGAGGCACCUUACCGCUUGGCCCGACCAUGGGUAACGACAACAUGACAAACGGUAACCUUGACGAGGCUCACGGUUCGGAGCAGCACCCACUGCCAUUCGCGUCGGUCAACGUUGAUCCGCCUCCACCGGGGGUGAUUUAUGAGGACCCAACCGCCGAGGCCCAGGGCAAGAUUCAGUUCUUCCUCAACAACCUCACUGAAACUACACUGCAGACUAUGUACAAGGACCUUCGCGACAUGUUGGAGACCAAGCAUCAGCAGUGGUUCGCUAGCCACCUGGUUGAGGAACGUGCCAAGAUGCAGCCGAACUACCAUCAAGUUUACCUUGACCUGGUAAAGAUGUUUGAGGAUAAGUCACUGUGGGCCGAGGUUUUGAGGGAGACCUAUGUCAGCGUCCAGAGAAUGCUCAAUUCCGAGGUUACGCUGCAGAACUCAACUGAGAGGACGCACUUGAAGAAUUUGGGUGGCUGGCUCGGUCUUCUGACGCUCGCGAGAAACAAGCCCAUCAAGCAUAAGAAUAUCGCUUUCAAACAGUUACUUAUGGAAGCGCAUGAUACCAAGCGUCUCCUGAUUGUUAUACCUUUCGUCUGCAAGGUCCUCGCUCAAGGAGCUUCAUCAGAGGUCUUCCAGCCACCUAAUCCCUGGCUGAUGGACAUUAUCCAUCUCCUGAUCGAGCUGUACCACAACGCCGAGCUGAAGCUGAACUUGAAGUUCGAGAUUGAGGUCUUGUGCAAGGGCCUCAAGCUGGACCACAAGAGCAUUGAGCCGUCUGGCGAGAUUCUCAACCGGGUUCCUGUCGAGGAAGUUCCUGAUCUGAAUGGGCAAGAGCUUGAGCCCUACGACAACACCUCUAUUAACGGUAUGGGUAGUGUCGCGGGUGGCCUCCCCGCUCAUGCCUCUCUUCCGAUCCCCGACCUUUCCGCCAGCCUCUCGAUCCCGCCAACCGAAGUCAUUGAUCAAGCCAAACUGCACAGCAUUACCUCUCAAGCAGUUACGCGAGCCCUGCAGGAGAUCAUCCAGCCAGUGGUUGACAGGUCCGUGACCAUUGCGGCGAUAGCCACACAGCAAAUGAUCCAUAAGGACUUUGCCACCGAGCCUGAUGAGAACCGGGUGCGGGACGCGGCGAUCAACAUGGUCAAGUCAACUGCGGGCAGUCUUGCCCUGGUCACGUCCAAGGAACCCCUUCGCUCCAACAUGGCCAACUACCUUCGUGCUCUCUCGGCUGAGAUCGGUCUAGUGCUGCCCGAGGGUAUUAUCAUGCUCUGCAUCAACUCGAAUUUGGAUCUCGCUUCUAGCGUAAUCGAGAAGUCGGCUGAAGAUCGUGCGGUUCCGGAGAUCGAGGAGAUGAUUCAACCUGAAAUUGAAGCCAGACGCCGGCAUCGUGCGCAGCGUCCGAAUGAGCCAUAUAUGGAUCCUGGACUCACUCGCUGGGCCUGGACCAUUCCUCAUCCCUUCAAGUUGAACCCAAGCAUGACUGGUCUUAACGCGGAGCAAAUGGCUAUCUACGAUGACUUUGCCCGACAGCCGAGGGCAGUCGCUUCGACGACAGGACCGUCCCACGCAGCCUCCACAUCGGAUGCCAGGUCUCUCGCAAAUGAAGUCCUUGGAGAUCAGUUCAACACUAUUUCGGCCCUUCCCACACCUGCGGAGACACCUUCGCUUCCUCACCUCGGUGGUCAGCUUCAGCACUACCCCCAGGGAAGUGGCGGAUUGGCAAACGGACGUCAAGCCGGGCUUAACCAGGUGGAUGCCAGGACCAUUGCUGACAGAGUCAACAAGCUUUUGGAGUCACUGACCGCGGCCGCCACUGGUGCCACCGAGGAACACUUCAAUGAACUGCCCCGCGCUCACCAAGUCCUGGACAUCAUUGACGCUCUUGUGCAACUCAUUAUCAAGACUCAGCAGACGUCUGAAGAGUUUGCAGCAUAUGCCGCAACCCAGAUCGCCCAGUUGAUCUUCAGACAGCCAGGCGAUACCCUCUUGCUUGAAAGUCUCGUCCAUGUCCUCGAAACCCUCCGCAAGAUUGCCGGUCCGGCCACGAGCCAGCAGAUCAGGAGCCUCUUCCAUCAACAACCAGCGGAAUACUUCCUCAACCUUUCGCUCAUUGCAGCACUGCUCGGCACGGACCUGCUCGACUGGAGAAGCAUUGAUGCGGCCAUGUCUAUGGCCCUCCAGCAACGCAAAGAGGGAUCCGUCGAGUUCCUCGAGCAGCUUGUGGAUCUUACGCUGCUGAGUGAGAGCCCUCUUGCGCUCUAUGCUGACUUUGUCCGCAGUUUGGAGGAAGCAUGGGCCUGGAUCAGUGAGAAUCCGGAUGUUCCAGGAGGCCAGAGUCUCAAGUCCAAGAUCCUUGCCCCUCCUCCGGACUUACCUGAAGGCCUUACUCCGGCAGAGAUCCUCGCCAUCCGUCAGGACCAGAUGGAGUAUGUCUUUGACGAAUGGGUUCACCUCUGCAACAACCCUGCCGCCUCCUCCUCCAAGUCGUCGACGAUCUUUGUACAGCAGAUGCGCUCCAGAGGAGUCAUUGUUAGCACUGAUGAUUUCCUCAUGUUUGCACGCCUAGCCAUCGACAAGUCUGUGGACCGCUUCGAGCAUGUUGUUCACCUCAAUGGAACGAUAACGGAGGCGUACCAGGCUAUUGAUGCUUUGGGCAAGAUGAUCCUUAUCUUCUUCCAGUCCCACGAAGACAAUGCCGACGGACAAACGGCUCGCGCUGCUUUCAUUGAUUCCAUCCUCGCCCUUGGUGUGCUGGUGCUGAAUAGCCACCACGUCAAGCGUGGCGACGCUUUCAACUCAAGGGUGUUUGUUCGGUUCUUCUCCUACCUCCUCCACGGCAUUCACUCUCUAGAGGAGCUGCCAGAAAAUGAGCGUGAUCGCUUCAUGCUUAGCUUUGCCGAGCGUCUUUACGACCUGCGGCCGAGCCUCUACCCAGGCUUCGUCCUUGGCUGGCUCACACUUGUCACCCACCGUGUCUUCCAGCCAGCCAUGCUUCAAAUGGCUAACAACGCGGGCUGGGAGGCGUACACCAAGAUCCUUCGGGAUUUGCUCUCUUACCAGGGCGAGCUGCUGAAGCCGCUCGAGCUCUCGAUCUUCGCCAAGGAAAUGUACCAGGCCGUCCUAAAGCUCCUCAUCAUCCUGGGGCAUGAUUUCCCCGAUUACGUGUCUGCCAACCAUGUGCUGCUGUGCCAGAGCUUGCCGCCUCACGCAACGCAAUUAAGGAACAUGAUCUUACUGGCUACUCCUGCUUCGGCCGCGAAGCCGACCGAUGCCUUCCAGCCCGGCUUGAAAUUGGAUCAGAUCGCAGAUAUCAAAGAAGCAGCGAUCAGUGUCUACGAUCCUGCCGAGCAGCUACGCCAACUGGGGCUGCUUGACAUUCUGGACCAGGCUUUGCAGAACGGCCCGUCCGAAGAUGCCAUUGCGCAGAUUACACACGCUAUCACUAGGUCUGGUAGCGGAACGACGGACUAUGGCUUCGUCCCUAUUGACGUCAACCGUCAAGUCAUCGACGCCGUAAUCACGCAUAUUGGCAACUUUGCCGUCAACCGCGCCGCCACCAGGAACGACGCCUCUGUGUUUGUCCCCGGCGCACCAGACCUCAAGACACUGCAAAUGCUCAUCACGGAACUCUCCCCCGAUACGAGGUACUUCGUUCUGAACAGCAUGGCGAACUGGCUCCGCUUCACCAGCGCCCACACGCACUAUUUCAUUCAGGUCUUCCUUGACUUCUUUGGCCACGACGUCGCCUCCACGGAUCCUGAGGAGAUGGACAUUCGGCAGCAGAUUGUUCGGAUCCUCCUUGAACGGUUAAUAGGCUACUGGCCGUACCCGUGGGGUCUGAUCAUCACCACCAUGGAGCUGGUCAAGAACGAGAAGUACAACUUCUUUGAGCUGCCUUUCAUCAAGGCCACCCCUGAGGUGCGGAGAGUGUUUGAGGAUAAGGUUCGCCAGCACUAGAACCGCU